CUAAUGUCGCCAACUUCUCCAGCCGGCUUUAUUGAAAUGAAGUAACUACUGAGUACCACCAACCAACCUUGACUCCAACCAUCAAGGCAUCAACCACCUUUUCUAAUGCCGAAACGAUGCUUCUGUUCUGUAUCUGUCUCCUCGCCCCAUCUCUAUCUUCAUUUCCUAAUUUUCACAGCCCAUUCCCUUUUUCCACCAAUUAUCUUAUACAGUUACACUCCAUUCCAUCGCAAAACGACGAGACACCACCAGAUACAAAAGGGAAAGGAAGCAGAGUAGAGGAGGAAACAGAGCAAGAGAGGGAGAAGAAACCAUGGAGCAAAUUGAGCACAAGUUCGUGGAAGUCGAAGGUGGAUUGAAGAUCCAUGUAGCAGACAUCGGAACAGGCGACAAAGUUCUCCUCUUUCUCCACGGAUUCCCGGAGAUCUGGUACUCAUGGCGGCACCAGAUGGUUUCCCUGUCCAAAUCCGGGUACCGGGCCAUCGCCGUCGACUACAGGGGCUACGGGCUGUCGGAUCCCCCGCCGAGGACUGAAGACGCCACGUACGCCAACAUCGUCGGCGACCUUGUUGCCAUCCUGGAUUUUCUCGGAAUCCCUAAGGUGGUGCUCGUAGGGAAAGACUGGGGCUCUUUCGUUGCUUCUUGGUUCGUGGUUCUCCACCCUGACAGGGCAGUGGGUUUAGUGACCAUGGGGAUCCCAUUCAUGAUCCCGGGCGCUUCCCCAGCCGGUUCGCCGCCCCCUGAAGGCGUCUAUACUUCACGGUGGCGGGAACCAGGACGAGCCGAAGCUGAUUUCGGCCGGCUAGAUGCGAAAACCGUGGUGAGAAACGUCUACAUACUCUUCUCCGGCAGUGAGCUGCCUACUGCAGCUGAGAAUCAGGAAGUGAUGGACUUAGUCGACCCGUCGACUCCUCUCCCGCCAUGGUUCUCCGAGGAAGAUCUCGAAGCUUAUGGAGCUCUGUACCAGAAAUCAGGGUUCCAAACUGCACUCAAGAUCCCCUACAGAUCGUUUGAAGAGAAGCCAGACUUACCGAUAACAGAGCUGACAGUGAAGAUCCCAUCAUUGCUGAUAAUGGGGAGCAAAGACUACUGCCUGAAAUUCCCCGGGAUGGAAUACUACAUCAACAAUAUGGUGAAGGAAUUCGUUCCUGGUCUGGAGACGGUGUACUUGGCUGAAGGGACUCACUUCGUUCAGGAGCAGUUGCCUGGAGAAGUGAACCAGUUGGUGCUUAGCUUCCUGAAAGCUCGAAUCUGGCCAUGAGAAAUGGGAAUGAACUCGGUGGGUGAUAAUGGUGAAGGAAAAAAGGGUCUAUGCUCAUGUUUAGUGUUGUAAGCCUAAUAGCCUUUAAGUUUUUGCUACGCAGUCAGGAUGGGGAUUCGGUAAUGGUGCUUUGGAUUCAUCUGAAAAUAGGUUUCAAGAGUUAUGGUUCCAAGCUCGAGUUUCUCAAUAUUUAUAGGGUAAUUUAUCAAUAAGCAAUCUUUCGGAUUGUAGUAUGGGAACAUUCAGAAAGGCUUAAAAGGAAUAAAGGACUAGUGUUUUGUUUCUCUCUCGGAUUCUCCUUUCGUUGUUCCUUCCUUCCAUAACUCUGCAAUCUCUUGGCAGGCUCUCACCACUGGCUCUGCCUGCUUAGUUCAUCUGCAUCCUGUAGCUUCGUCUUGUAAUGUAUGGGUGGAUUUGGAUUCGAGCACUUCUGCUAUGCUUUAAAAUAUUGAUGCUUUAAAGUACAAUUCGAAGUUGUAACAUAACAAUAAAGGUAUAAAUCAAAGUUGUACCAUAAUGAAAUAAAAAUACAUCUUCGAAUUGUACCAAAUUAUAAAGGUACAACCAAUGGCGGAGCCACUCACAA